UUACACCGUUAACAAGAUAACCGUUUACCGGCCGUACUUAGUACUUAUCGCGAUGCUUUGCUUCACAAUCAUCUAGAUCUAGCAAAUCGGACCACCUUCAAAGAUCCAAAUUCUAAGCCCAGAACUGCUACAAAGCCCAGGAACAGAAAAGCCCACAAUAAUCUUGGCCCAUGAUCAUUGAAACCCAAUGCUACUCGGAUUUGUCGGCUUCUCUGAUCACAAGAAGCUGUAAUCCUCAAGAACUGGAAAAACAAAACCCUUCAGUAGUCAUUUUGCUCGACGGUUAAACCCUGGUUAGGCCGCCGGCGAGAACCUCAGAAAAUCACAUAACCGGCAAUAGAAAUGGCUGCCAGGUUCCUUCGUACCGCGCACAGAGCCUUGAGAUCAUUCCAGCACAGUCACCGAACUCUUCCUCCUUCGCUCAAGCUGGCCGCCUCUAGUUGUCUCUUCCAAUCCAGAGCUUUCGCCACAGACAGAGCUUCCAAACCGCCUUCCGAAGCCAACAUCCUCCGAAUCCUCGACAACGAGAUCGAAUACCAGUAUGAUUACGCCCCGCCGCACCAGCCGGCGGUGGAAUUCGAUUCGUUCGUCGUGGAGGACCGACCGGGGCAGCAGUGGAUGACAAUGGCGAGGAAGUUUGGCGCUGCUGAAGAGAUCAAAAUUGAAGCGACAAUGUUCGACGGAUACGAACUCGUUCCGAAGCCCGGAGCAGAUAGUUCGGGUGAGGAUUUGCGGCUUCAUAUCAGCUUGCUCGUCGACGUGUCGAGAGGCGACGGUGGCGGCACGUUGGAGUUUGUUUGCUCGGCGUGGCCGGAUCGGUUGGAGAUCCAGAAACUGUAUCUGCUUCCCAAAGACAAGCUGCUCGGCAGGCCUUACUUGGGUCCUGAUUUCCGGAGUUUGAGUGGCAAGCUUCAGGGUAGGUUUCGGAGCUUCUUGGAGGAAAGAGGGGUAGAUGAUAAGCUCUCGUUUUUCUUGCACGAGUACAUGACGAACAAGGAUAGGAUUGAACUGAUUCAAUGGCAGCAAAGGCUGAAAUCUUUUGUUGAGAAGUAGAGAGCUUGUAGUAGUAAUUCCAUCCGCUUUGGUGGUAUGAGAGUUAAUCCCCUUGUUGAUGACAGGGAUUUUGGGUGAGAAUCAUUUUAUUUUGUACAUAGUUCUUGAAAUGCUCUUCCAUUUUGAUACUUGUGGGGAAUUGGAUGCUGGAAUGUGAUAGCAGGAGAAGAUAACAAUGAUUUUGACUUGGCCGAGUUGUGUAAUGGAAUGUGGCUAAUGUGAAUUGUUUAUGGCCAAUUAGGAACAGUUAACAGAUAAACUACACACUCAUGUGAGUGGGUUGGGCAAUUAGGAGUUCCAUAGUUGGGCAACUUUGUGACAAUAAGUGAUGUUCCCUCAAAGGUUAAGACUUUUUCUUCUUCUUUGGUAUCCAAAAGAAAAUUGGAGUCGUGUG